AUGGAGAGAACUGUUCUGGAUUAUCCGGCGGCCUUUGAGGUGAAUGCGGAGUAUCGGCCAGAAUGUGACACCAGGUCUUCAUCCUUCGAGAUGGGAAACAGAGCCUUUCUGGAAGACUUAGAGGACUUCAGUUUCGUGUUCUUCUCCAUGGCAAGCAUCGUUAACAUGCUUACGGAAGUCAUCAAGACAGCAUCUGCUGUGCUGAUGCCACCUGUAAAGCCCAUACCAGACGCUGAUCAAUUUCUUCCAGACACCAGCCAACCCAGCAAUGUGGCGCUUCGGAGAUGCCCUACAAAUCGCUUUGUGACGUUGGGAAGUUUAGUCCCAUCUCCGCAGUAUUUGUGGCGUUCUGGCCCGGAUGCCAUGGAGUUCACACCUGCAGCGGAGGAUCUGAUCGCCUUCGUGCAGGGUGGCCUUCUGGAGGGCCAGCGGUCCGAAGAGUCUGAAUUUUCUCCAGCAGACUCCGUGAACGUUCUCAUGGAGGCCCCUCACAGCAUCAAGUUUGGCGGCAUGACCGCUUUCUUCCCGUGGUCCAUGCAAACUGCAUGCUACCUCUUCCCCAUUCAGCUCAUCAGCUUGUUGUACGACCUGAUUGCAGACUCCUUGCUCCGGAAUCCAGAUUAUUUGCACAUUGUGGCCGAUCAAGACAGGUGGCGGGUCUGGUUCCUGCUCUCCUUCCGACAUGAGAUGCUUCUGCCCGUUCUUUUGCAGGUACUCCGCAUCCAUAUCAGCGUAGACAACCUGCGCGCCUUCUUUCGAGGAAUGCAGGGUGCAUCUGCAGGCAGAAUCAUUCUGACCGUUGCAUGUUGCGUGGCGUUGCUGCCGAAGCUUCUGAUUUUCCUGCCAGCACUGCUGGUCACCUUCUUGAUGGGGACGUACCUUUGCACACAUGCUCGAGCCAACCUCAUCCCGCUCCACGAAGGGCACUUUACCAUGGACGCGCCACUGAUUUGCUUCCUGAUCACCAUGUUCUUUUGCAGCCUUGCCGUGCUCGAGCCUUCCUCAGUGGAAUUGUAUUGCGAGCACCUGACCAAGGGCGAGACUCACAUUGAGGAACUGCGCGAGUCUCCUGCGCAGGCUAUGUGUCGGCAUCACUACCUUUUCGCUGCACAGCGUGGGGCUGUGAGUGCUGUGGAGCUUCUUGGAGUCAUUGACACGCUGAGGCACGCGCCUCAGACCGGCUUACGCACACCAACAGAGAACUCCAUAAGGGGCCUGGAAGGCUACGUGGGGUCACGCCAAACCUCUGUGCGCCGCCUUCGCUCCAAGCUUGACAUGGCCUUUGACUUUGCUACGGGCUUGAAGAAGGCGGAGCAGCUUCGCAAGUCACAGAUGCAGCCUGAUGACCACAUCACAGUGAUCGAUGGUGAAUUUGGCAGCGGCACCCGCAAGGCUUUGAUAGAGUUCCUCAUGGACCAGGGCGAGCUGAACCGCAGUUUUAACACACCCAACCACCGGGUGACCUGGGGGCAGGAUGCUUGCAAGGCACUGCAAAGCUAUCUGAAGCGGACUGGGUUCUACACAGGCCCGCUCCACGGACAGCUGGAGGAUGUCUGGACGAUCCGAGCACUAAGAUCCUGGCUAUUGGACCUGGGCUUCAUUUACAAGAGAUGGCUUGUGGACAAGGAUGGUGAGUUGGGCAGGUGGACCACCAUUGCGCUACAGCGCUUCCUGGUUUCCACUCGCGAGCGCGCUCACGGCAACAGGGGCUUGGCUGUCGAUGGUCAGUGGACUGUCGAUUUCAUCUUUGCGUUCCAGGAUUUCUUGGCCCGAAGUGGCACUGCAAGCCCUCGGACGGGCACGUGGGAGCCUACGAACACAAAGGCCAUCCAGGAAUUUCUGGCAAGGCGGGGCUACCUGGCCGAGCAGCGGGCUUAUGUCGACGAGAUUGACGAGGAGGUUUGCCGUGGGAUUCAAGGCUGGCUUCGAGAUCAAGGCUUUCCGUGCGGCCUCAAUGGAGAAUUCGCAGAUGGUGUGGACGGGACGUUUGACAUAGGGACGAAGCUGGCCCUGCAGCUGUUCCUCAAGUCUGAUCGCGCAAUGCUGGUGCACAAGGACCUAAUCACCAACGGAAAGUGGAGGCCUGAGACAAUCAGGAGAUUGCAGGAGUUCAUGUCCGAAGAGAAUCCAAAUCUGGAGGUGAACGGGCUUUGGGACCUUGCUUCAGGGCAGGCCCUACAAGCAUUCCUGAAGAGCCAGGGACGUUAUGUCAGCUUUGUGGAUGGAGACUUUGGCGGAGUUUCGGUGCUGGCUCUGCAGGCCUGGUUGCGGGAUGAGGGCUUCAGCUGCGGCGUUGAUGGCCCUCGCUGCGAUGGAGUGUCCGGCAAUUGGACGAAGGAGACAACCGCCGCACUGCAAAGGUUUCUCAACUCCAGGAAAGCAUCCGCUGGAACCGAUGCUCCAUCUGUCUGGUUGGAGGCGGAGCACGGAGAUGAUCUUAAGGCUUCCUGUUGGGCCUUGGCACUCUUUGGUGGCGCUGAAAACCAAAUGCCAGAGGACGCCUUGAAUUUGCUGACAACUCUUGACCUGGAGAACGGUCGCAAGACUGCGGAGGCUCGUCAGCUGUUGCGCGACUCUGGCAUGCCUGUGCCGUCCGAAUGGUGGGGAACGGCGCAGCUCUUGUCCAACCUCGGCAACGGAUCGUGGCUGGAUGCUGCCGGAAGUGAUGCAGCAGUGGCCGCCGUGCUUGCCUUGCGAAGCCUUGAGUCUGCGGACGAGGCCCCAGAGGGAGUGUUCGAGAUGGGCAUCGCGCAACUACUCAGUCAUCUACGUGUAGGCUCCGCGCAGGCAGUGGAGGCGGCUUGCGCAGCGCUGGGCAGACUGGCUGAACUUUAUCUUCUGCGAGUGGAGGUCCAUGACUGCGCCCGGAAGAUUCUGGCACUACGCUUGCGAGCCAACUCGCAGAUACAUCCUGCCAUUGCGCGCGGGUUGACUUGGUUGAAAGGCCUGGUCCCCCAGCUCUGGCCGGUGCUCAGGGAGCGGCUCCAGAGCGCGGAUGGCCUGGAUUUGAAGAUUGCAGCAGAGGCAUUGGCUGCGCUGGAUGCGGAGAAACUUCUUCCGGACCACGUCCUGGGUUCCUGCGCUGCCGUUCUGGGACCCAGACUGCACGAGGAGGAUUGGCUCGUUCGCGUGGGUGCUUGCCAUGGGUUGGCAGCGUUUGGAAGGAAGGCUGCUGGGCCAUACCUUGAUCCGAUUCAGCAGCUAGUGGACGAUGACGAGGGCCCAGUGGUGGCGGCAGCAGCCUAUGCCGUGAGCCAACUCAUGGAAGUCAGGAACAACCGGCUGUUGGGCGUUGUUCGGAGGCUGCAAGCCCGGCUACCUGACACCGAGAGUGAUUCCUGGGUACGUGCUGGCGCCUGCCAGGGUCUUGGAUUGCUCGGCAUUGUCGAUGACGACACCAUAACUGUGCUGUCUUCACACCUCACUGACACGGAAGUCAUUGUCGUGGAGGCUGCGGCCGAGGCCCUGUGCAACCUGCAGAUGAUGAAUGCGAUACCCCUGAAGGUUCUAGAAGAUCAAGCCAGAGAGACCAGCCUGCGGCUGCAACACUCUGACUGGCUCACAAGGUGGGCAGCCUGCAUUUGCUUGGGCUCAUUGGGCACGGCUGCACAUCCGUACCUUCAGGAGCUUCAAGAAAGAGUUGCAGACGAAGACGAAAACCGGGUCGUUCACGAUGCUGCGAAGAUGAGCUUGGCAAGGUUGACAGCCAUCCAGCGGAGCGAGCGCAGCCUCGAUAAGAUCCAGACAAUUUUCAGUGGUGUAGAUGACCGAUCCGCCAAACAUGGCCAAGUUCGUUAG